AGUGAAGGAGGCGGAGCCAGACCUGCAGACGCCGGACAGCGGCAGGGCCGCCGGGGCCUGCAAGAUGGCGGUUCUGGCACCUCUCAUUGCUCUCAUCUAUUCCGUGCCGCGGCUUUCACGAUGGCUGGCUCGUCCUUACUGCCUUCUGUCUGCCCUGCUCUCUGCUGCCUUCCUUCUCGUGAGGAAGCUACCGCCGCUGUGCAACGGUCUCCCUACCCAACGCGAAGAUGGCAACCCGUGUGACUUUGACUGGAGAGAAGUAGAGAUCCUGAUGUUUCUCAGUGCCAUUGUGAUGAUGAAGAAUAGAAGAUCCAUCACUGUGGAGCAACAUGUAGGCAACAUCUUCAUGUUUAGUAAAGUGGCAAAUGCAAUUCUUUUCUUCCGCCUGGAUAUUCGAAUGGGACUUCUUUACAUCACACUCUGCAUAGUGUUUCUGAUGACCUGCAAACCUCCUCUGUAUAUGGGCCCUGAGUACAUCAAAUACUUCAGUGAUAAAACCAUCGAUGAAGAACUGGAGCGGGACAAGAAGGUCACUUGGAUUGUGGAGUUCUUUGCCAAUUGGUCUACUGAUUGCCAGUCAUUUGCUCCCAUCUACGCUGACCUCUCCCUCAAGUACAAUUGCACAGGCCUAAAUUUUGGGAAAGUGGAUGUCGGACGCUACACUGAUGUUAGUACACGGUAUAGAGUGAGCAUAUCACCCCUCACUAAACAACUCCCCACCCUGAUCCUGUUCCAAGGUGGCAAGGAGGUAAUGCGGCGGCCACAGAUUGACAAGAAAGGACGAGCUGUCUCUUGGACCUUCUCUGAGGAGAAUGUGAUUCGUGAAUUUAACUUGAAUGAGCUCUACCAUCGAGCCAAGAAGCUAUCAAAGGGUGGAGACCAGGUCCCCGAGGAGGAGGAGCCCAAGGCCUCCACUCCUACCACAGUGCCAUGUAGAGAAAGCAAGAAGGACAAGUAGGAUCUCUUCAAUGGCUUUGCAUCUUCUGUCAAUUCCUGGCACCUUGGAGGCUGAGCUCCUGUGGUACACAACUCUUGACCUAAGGCCACAGCCUUUUAUUUGUUUCUCUUGUUUGGCUGUUCUUGGGUCGGGCAGGUACUGUUUCUGAUUUUAAAGAGGCUGAUGGGGGAACUUGUUGAGGACCCUACUGGAAGGCCUGCCCACCUUGCCAAGACUUUGAGAUCUCAUGGAGAAGGAAAUGGGUUCCCACUAAGUUAGGUCAGUGUGUAAAAGCUACCCACCCCUCAGGAUAUCACCAGUCUGUGGUUUCAUUGUUUUCUCCUAGUGGACCUGCUCAGCCAAGGCUAGACUAAACCCUAAUGCUAGGUGGCCAGAAUAUAGAACACUAAGCACCCUUGCUUUCCUUAGGCCUUUGUGGCUUGCUCUGUGGCAUUAAAAAUAUUUAAGCCUAAAUUUGUCAGUAAUCCCAAGAAGAAACCUUUAACCACAGAGUUUUCAUCUUUGAAAAUAGUAUUGAUCAAGCCCUCUGUUAGGAGGGGGUUCAGAGGAAGGGGAAUUUUGCAUAAUAAAGAAAGUGGGAUUGUC